AUGGUGGUUGUUGUUGUAAUUCGUCAUUCAUAAUGCGUUGAUGAGAAUCAAAAUCCAACACACGCACACACCCAAAUUAAAUGUCAAAACAAAAAAAAAAUCUGAUCAUCAUCAUAGGGAAUCCAAAGUUUUAAAUAAUAAUUUUAUAACCAUUUUGUUGAUAUGUUUGUUGAGUGUUUGAAAUAAUCAAUGGUGAUAAUCAAAAUCGAUAAUUGAUAAAUCAACAACAACAACAACAACAAAAUGUUUAAAUUAAUAUCAAAAAUGGGCUGUAUAUCACCCAAACCAAUAAAACAUCCAAAAAAACCAUUGCCAACAAUACCGAAUAAUAAUAAUAAUAAUAAUCAACAAUCAGAACAACAACAAUCGCAACAACAACAACAACAACAAUUGAUUAUAACUACAAAUGAUAUGGAUUCAAAUCAACAACAGCAACAAAAUGAGAAAAAACAACAACAACAACAACAACCGCAAUCGCAUCCGCAACAACAACAGAAUCCAUAUCUAAAAGCAACAUCAAAUCGUACAAAUUCAAUUUCAAUGAUAAAUAAUAAAAAUUCUAUAUGUGAAUCAAAUAAAACAGCAACAACAACAACAACAGCGACAACGACAACAACAACAAGUGGUUCGAAUAAAUUAUCAGGUAGUAAUAAGAAAUCAAUAUUUUCAGCAAUUACAAAUUUAAAUUCAUCAUCAUCAUCAUCAUCAUCAUCAUCAUCAGCAACAACAGCGAAUUCAUCAUCAUCAUCAUCUGCAGCGCCAUUAUUGAAUGGCCGUAAAGAAUCCAUUGGAUUUUCACAUAAUCGUACAUUACCGACACCAAUGAAUAAUGUAACCAAUCACAAUGUUACCGCAACCACCAACAACAACAACGCAAACACAUCAAUUUCAUCAUAUAAUCAUAUUCAUCAUUCACAUCAUAAUCAUCAACAACAGCAACAACAACAACAACAUCAACAUCAACAACAACAACAACAACAACAACAACAGAAUAGUCAAAAAAUUGUUAUAGCAUUAUAUGCAUAUGAAAGUCGUGAUGAAGGUGAAUUAUCAUUUGAAAAGAAUGAAAAAUUAGUCAUAUUGGAUGAUACAGAACCGGAUUGGUGGCUAGCAUAUAAACUAACACAACCAGAACGUAAAGGUUAUAUACCGAUGAAUUUUGUCGUAUCGAAUGUAAUUGAAACGGAAGAAUGGUUUUUUUCAAAAAUAUCACGUCGUGAAGCUGAACGUUUAUUAUUAUUUGGUGAUUAUCCACGUGGUACAUUUUUAAUUCGUAAUAGUGAACAAGAUCCAGGAUGCUUCUCGCUUUCGGUUCGAGAUUUUGAUGCAAUGAAAUUGGAUCAUGUUAAACAUUAUAAAAUUCAAACCAAAUCGAAUGGUGAUUUUUUCAUUACAUCAAGACGUUCAUUUUUAAAAUUACAGGACCUAGUUGAACAUUAUUCAAUGGCUAGUAAUGGGCUAUGUUUUCGUCUUACAAAAUCAUGUCCAAAAGUGGCACGUGCUGUUGUUGGACCAUCCGUACGAUCGGAUGAAAUUGAUCGUCGUGACCUACGACUUAUACGUGAACUUGGUUCCGGUAAUUUUGGUAAAGUUUUCUAUGGCCUAUAUCGUGGCCAAACACAAGUUGCAAUAAAAACAUUGAAACCAGGUUCAAUGUCUGUAUCGGCAUUUCUGCAGGAAGCGGCAAUAAUGCGUCGUUAUCGUCAUGAAAAAUUAGUACCAUUAUAUGGUGUUUGUUCAACUGGCAAACCAUUAUUGAUCGUUACGGAAUACAUGUCAAAAGGAUCAUUAUUGAAUUAUUUACGUGAUCAUCCGGAAUCAUCAUCAUUAACGAUAAUCGAUUUGAUUGAUAUGUCAUCACAGAUUGCAUCCGGUAUGGCAUAUUUGGAAAAAGUAAAACUAGUUCAUCGUGAUCUGGCUGCACGUAAUUGUUUGGUUGGUGAUAAUCGUGUUGUGAAAGUUGCCGAUUUUGGUUUGGCUAGAAUUAUUGAAGAAGAUUAUUAUAUUGCACAAGUUGGUGCAAAAUUUCCAAUAAAAUGGACAGCACCAGAAGCGGCUAGUAAAGGAAAAUUUACAAGCAAAUCUGAUGUAUGGUCAUUUGGUAUACUGUUAUAUGAAUUAAUAACCAAAGGACAGGUACCAUAUCCCGGUAUGAGUAAUCGUGAUGUAUUGGAACAAGUGGAUCGUGGUUAUCGAAUGCCUAAACCAAAAAAUGUUGAUUGUCCAAAUUCUUUAUAUCAAAUAAUGUUACAAUGUUGGGAAAAGGAUCCAGAAAAACGGCCAACAUUUGAAUAUCUUUAUAGUUAUUUUGAUGAUUUUUUUGUGGCCACUGAACCACGUUAUCGGGAUGCUGAUGAUUUUUCUCAACAACAACAACAACAGCAACAAUAUGAAACGCAUAAAAUACAAUUACAACCGCAACAACAACAACAACAACAACCACCACCACAACAACUGCAACUGCAACAGCAACAACAACAACAA